ACAACGUCUUCUUUCUUCGCCUAGUUGCGCGAUUUCAAUCAUGUAUAUCCUCGAGCAAUUGGCGCGCUUGCUCGAUCGCCCGCUCUUCCCAUGGAAGAACGUGCUUGUGGGCUUCUCACUGGGCCAGUUCGUCCUUGAAGGUUUCCUCUCACUCCGACAGUAUAAGUUUUUGCAACGUACGAAGCCUCCCCAGGUUCUCGCAGGGGAGGUUACCCAGAAGGUCUUCGACCAGAGUCAGGCAUACGGUCGCGCAAAGGCCAAGUUCAGCUUCGUUUCCGGUCUUUACGGUCAAAUCCAAAACCUUGCUUUCAUUUACGGCGAUGUCCUCCCCAAGAUCUGGGGCCUCAGCGGUCUGGUGCUGGCUCGGUACCUCCCUGGUCGGUUCCAAGGCGAAAUCUGUCAAACAUUGGUAUUCUUCUUCGGUUUCAACAUUCUAAGCACUAUCCUCUCGCUGCCUGUCUCGUACUACAACACGUUUGUGCUCGAGGAGAAGUUCGGUUUCAACAAGCAGACGGCUAAGCUUUGGAUUACGGAUAUGCUCAAGGGUCAGAUGCUUGGAAUUGUUUUGGGAGCUCCCAUUAUCAGUGCCAUUCUUAAGAUCGUGCAGAAGUUUGACAGCUCGUUCUACUACUACCUCUGGCUCUUCGGUGUCUUCCUCCAGGUCUUCGCCAUUACUAUCUACCCUAUUGCGAUUCUGCCUCUGUUCAACAAGCUUUCUCCCCUUCAGCCCGGUGAACUCAAGACUGGUGUCGAGAACCUGGCCAAGAGACUCGAAUUCCCUCUCUCCGAGCUGCAUGUCAUUGACGGGAGCAAGCGUAGUGCCCACAGCAAUGCCUACUUCUACGGUCUGCCAUGGAAGAAGCACAUUGUCAUCUACGAUACUCUGAUCGAGAAGACAGAGCCCGAGGAGGUUGUUGCUGUGCUUGGCCAUGAGCUUGGCCACUGGAGCCUCAGCCACACCACCAAGCUGUUCGGUAUUGCCCAGGCCCACAUGUUCUACAUCUUUGCUCUCUUCUCCGUCUUUGUCAACAACAAGUCGCUGUACCAGUCCUUCGGAUUCGUCAAGGAACAGCCUAUCAUGAUUGGUUUCCUGCUCUUUUCCGACGCCCUGGCUCCUAUGGAUGCUGUCGUGAAGCUUCUCAUGAACAUCCUUAGCCGCAAGUUCGAAUUCGAGGCCGAUGAAUUUGCCCAGAAACUUGGUUACUCCGACAAGCUCGCCUCCUCGCUCCUGAAGCUCCAGAUCCAGAACCUGAGCACUAUGGACGCCGAUCCCAUUUACGCUAGCUACCACUACUCUCACCCCAUCCUCACCGAGCGUCUCGCUGCGCUUGGCUGGAAGGGUGGUAAGGUCACCAGCAGCAAGGAGGAGGACAGUGAAAAGCCCGUCAAGGCCGCGGACCGCGAGCUGUAAACCGGAAGCGUGUUCUGUCGGCGAUCUUCGUAUGAUAUGGGCAUGAUUUUUUUUUGUGCCA